ACUGAAUCACUGAAAACUACGAGUAGUCCGCCAGAGGUAACUGUAACUCUUCUACGGAAUGAGGAUCUUCCGGGAAAAUCAGUACCACUGAAUAAGCGUCAAUUGCCAAUCGACAUUUUGCUUUUGACGGUGAAGGAUUGGGAAUUUCUAGCUUGUAUUUCGUGUUUCAAUCGCGACUUCUGUAGAAGUUACUGCAAAGAGCUUUGUCAAGACGUGUACCUAGGCGAAAUUGGGAACGAUGACAUGAUGAUAAAGAUCGCUGUGGUGAAGUGUUACACAGGAUCCAACGUUCCACAAGGAUCUUGUGUUGUCGUAAUGAAAGCAGUCGAAGUCUUGGGGCCUAAAGCGAUAUUCAGUGUGGGUUGCUGUGGUGGCUUAGACCGUGCAAAAGUAAAACUUGGGGACGUGGUAGUGUCAGUGAAGCUGAUAUCAUAUUCCUCCUCCAAAGUCACGGACAAAGGCGCUACAGAACGUGGUGUAAGAGUUCCAUUGAAAACCAAUAUUUCAAAACUGAUGUUAAAUGCUGCACAUGGUUGGAAAGCCCCAUUGAAGAAUCCAAAAGAAUUUGAAGUCGAGAUCCACCAAGGAGUGUUUCUGAGUGGCCCAGAAAGUGUUGAUAGCAGUGCGCGGCGUGAGGCACUCAACCAACGCUUCUCAGAAGCCUAUGUUAUUGAAAUGGAGGGCGAAGGUAAGUUAAACAAAUUCUAGCUACCUCAGUGAUAUGUUCUCUUCUAAAAGUAAUAAUGUUUGAAGUCUCAAUUUGCAGGGUGUGAAAAUGGUUGUCUUCCCAAAUUCAUUAGACUGAGGUUUUAAGUUUGCAUGUAUAUCAGGGGGUGCAUCUGUAUGAGUGCAUAUAAUAGUUGACAUCAAAUUAGAAUAACGGUGACUGUAAAUCUCGGUAGUCUGCUUCUGACUGCCUGCCCCACGCCUUAAGAGGUUCUCGUUCGUGUUGUUUGGAUUGACCAAAAUCUAUUCUUAGAAUUAAAUGCAUACAUGCAUCCUUAAUCAAUCGAGUUUGUAAAGGUUUCAAAAGGUGGGUAGUGCCAUCCUUUGAAGAAGUCUGUAUCCAGUGGACAACGCAAUUGGUUUCCCUAAUACCUAUCCGCUGGAUAGUGAUUUAUCCGUUGGAUAGCGCUAUUCAGCGUUUGAACAAUUGGGUCCUGAACUAUUCAUCUGCGGAGGGGGCGGAUGGACGGGGGGGGGGGGGGGGGGAAAUGAGUAGAGAGGUGAAGGGAGGUGUGCUGCCCAGAUUUAGAGAGGUUUCUCGAGUGGGAGCGUAACUUUUUGUUCUCCUCUCGCAUGUGGCGGGGUGUGUGUUUUGUGUUGGUUGGGUCGUGUUGUUUGGGUGAGUGGGGGUGGGCCGCGGGUUGGGGGGCGGGGGGGGGGGGGGGGGGGGGGGGGGGGGGGGGGGGGGAGGAGAACCAGGCGCAAGAGCAUACAACAUAAGAUGACUGGUCAGCUACUCCUUGGUACUUAGUCAACAAACUGAUUGUGAUUCAGAUCUUCAGAAUGUAUACAGUCCCACUUUAAACAAAUGUGGUUAGUUGAUGACACAGCAGGAGGUGGACGAAUUGUACCGUUAUUGAUCUAGUACAAACCCUUAGGUACUAUAUGGUCAGUGGUUUAAAAGAGCGGCUGACUGUUAAGUGCCAGGAUUUGAAAAAUUGUAAUAAGCACAAAGUGUGAUAGGGUGUAUUAAUAGAAAAUAACCGUAAGACUGGAGGUAAACGCCAACUUGGUGCUCUCAUAGGCCAGUAUUGUAAUGCAAAAAACCAUGCAUAGAAUGGAGUAACCUUAACAAUCGCAACGGGUCAACCACGUGCAGCCCAUGUUAUUUUCACGAAGGGGUGCAAACCCAAAUUUACAUGCUUCAUGCGAACAAUCGAGUCAUUCGAAGAUUGCAAUUGCUGUAAUUAUAUCAUGCCCUCAGCUAACUUGUUAGUUUACAGUUCUUGGUGGCUAAGAUCUGAAUUUAAGUCUAAAUUUAAGCCCUAGGCCAAACGUCCAACUUUUCAUGAGAAAUUUUCAUGGGUUAGUGACUUAAGUUCAUGAAAAGUUGAACGUCGGGCUCAGUUAAGUUCGUCUGAAUGAGUUUGGAUCGUCCAACACGUUCUAUCCGUCUGAUUCAGACGGAUAGAACGUCGACGCGUCCUAAGUUCGACGUCUGAGCCAACAGGCGAUCUUAGCUUCAUUAAGUUCCACCCAAAUUAGAGUUUGGUUCGUCUCAUGAAAGUUCGACGUUUGGCCUGGGCCUAAGUCGUGUUCAUCCUGACUUUCCUUGACCUUUAACCAGGACUUGUCCUAAAUGUACCCACAGAUGCUGGUAGCGAUUUAACAACAUAUCUGCGUUUUCCUUGCGCUUCUCAUAAGUCUAGAUUUUUGCUAGAAAGCACACUUGUCCUUACAAUUAUUUUUAGGUGUUUAUACAGCGGCCCAAGAGCUGGAUAUUCCGUGGACUAUAAUUAAAGGCGUCUCGAACUACGCAGAUGGAGGAUUGUUUGAGCCAAAUCCUUGGAAAAAGUUCGCGAGUUUAAUGGCAGCUUCUUUAACUGCUCAUCUUCUUAGUAAUCCUAUUGCUUUCAAAGACUGGCCUCACUAUCAAAGUACA